UGGGUCUCGCAACACUGGAGCGAUUACGCGGGAAAUGGACACCUUGCGGUAAAUAGUAAACACGUGAAGUGGACGCCGCCGUUUCUUUUAGCUAUGCAUUUUUUACCGUCGUUCUAUUAGAACAGAGAAAGCUCAGGCUUGUACCCUAGAGCCCAAAGGCGCCCGAGAUGAGCCUGCCGGACGGAUCGGAAGAUAAACCGCUCCUGUUUGAGAACGUCAAGUUCUGCCUUGCCGACGACUUGCAGGACGAUGAGGAGUUCCAGAGACUCCUUGUCAAGAAUGGUGGCACUUUGAUCAAUUACCUCUCUGACAAUGUCACCUACGUAAUCGCCGACAAUCCUGACAGCUCAACAAUAACUGAAGCCCAGGAUCUUUACGAGAAACCAGUUGUGACGAGCGCAUGGGUUCGCCUCUCACUAAAGUGUGGAAAGCUUCUUCCUUUGGAAGCGUUUUCACCACACAAGAACCAGAUUUUUUCAAAUGCGGUCGUCUGCCCUUCCCAGCUUUCAGAAGAGGAUACGAAAUCUUUAUGGGCCAUGGUGACUUUUCAUGGCGGCAAGUUCCAAAAGGUCCUGGACAAAACUUGUACACACCUUGUGGCUGCCAAAGCAGAUGGGGUCAAAUAUCAGAAGGCCAUGGCUAAUGGCUGCCUACAGCUGAAAAUUGUCACUCCCGACUGGGUUACGGACUCCCUGAAGAACAAGGCACUCUGUGAUGAGGCACGUUACCACCCUCGGCUAUUAGUGCAACCUAAGCCUCUGACGCCACCAAAGCCGCCUACCCCUCAGCCAGUGACAACAUCCCCGAUGACGAGCACUGCUGCUGCCCUAUCGCAACAACAGCAAGGGUUCAUGAGCUUCCGUGCACAGCAACAGCAGCAAUUCGGAAUGGCCCCUGUCGCACAGCAGCAGUUGUCAGUGUCGCAACAGCAGCAACAAGCUAUGACUUUGCAGCAGCAGCAAAUUCAGCAGAUUCAGCAACACUUGAUGCAACCGCCACCGCCACAUCAGCAGCAUACUCUUCAGCAACAGCUUGCGCAGCUCCAGGUUUCGCAACAGCAAAACCAACAAGUGAACCAUCAGCAAUUGCAGCAUCAGUUGCAGCAGCAGCAACAACAGCAGCAGCAGCAGUUUCAGCAGCAGCAAGCAUCUCAACAACAACAGCAAGUCCCUCAGCAGCAGCAGCAAAUGCCUCAACAACCAAUGCCUCAGCAACAGCAGCAAAUGGCGCAGCAGCAACAGAUGCCUCAGCAACAGCAAAUUCCCCAGCAGCAGCAAAUGUCUCAGCAACAGCAAAUGUCACAGCAGCAACUUCAACAGCAGCUUCAACAACAGCAGCAGCAGCAGCAGCACAUGGUUCCUACCUCUCAGUUUGCAACGCGCAUGGUCAACGUGUCAUCGUCAGGCAGUGACAUUAAGGUGUCCCUGGCAAGCAAUCAAGGAAUAAGCAUUAUGACCAUCAACAAGCAGCAGCUCUUGCUGCAACAGCAGCAGCAGCAGCAGCAACAGCAGCAGCAACAGCAGCAGCAACAACAGCAGCAGCAACAGCAGCAGCAGCAACAACAGCAGCAGCAGCAACAACAGCAGCAACAACAGCAGCAGCAGCCACCGGGCAGUGCCAUGGUACGGCCAGACGGUACCAUGGUGCGAUCGGAUGGCACGGUGGUUCGUCCUGUCACACAGAUGCAGCUCAUGCAACAGAAGCAGCAAUCGCUCCAGCAGAUGCAGCAGCAAAGGCAGCAGUUCCCACCAGGCAUGCCAGUAGUGGUGUCGCAGCAAGGCGUUGUGACACAGAGGCAGCCAUGGCCUCAGCAGGGUGGACUACAGCUGACCCCGCAGCAGAUCAUGCAGAUACGCCAGCGCCAGCUUCAGAUGCGUCACCUGACACCACAGCAGCAGCAGAUUUUGAUGCAGAACCUCCAAAGGCAGCAACAGCAGCAGCAGCGACCUCUUACCAUGCAGCAGUUCCAGCAGGCAGUGCACGCUGGUCAGCAGCCCAUGCAAAACCUCCAGCAGGCGCAGCAACAACAGCAGCAGCAAGCACAGCAACCUCCUGGGGGCGGCCAGCCGGGUGUCCCUCAGCUGCUGAGGCAUCCGCAGCAGCAGGUGCUCAUUCAGCAGAUGCAGCAGCGUCAGGGCAUGCCUCCCCGAAUGCCUGCUCAGCAAUUCCAGCAGACUGUCCAGGGCCAAGUGGCUGGGCAGCAACAGCCGCAGCAGGCACCACCACAGAAUUCUCCAAAUGCCGGUCAGCAGCCGCCACAGCCGCAGCAGAUGCUGGCGGGUGCGCAGGGUAUGGCGCCGGGACAGUCAUCACCGCAGGCCAUCAUGAAACCACCACCCCAGUACCCAUACACAGCCGAAAGACCGCUGGUCCGCCCACCGUACCCGCCACAGCAACAGCCACAGCAGCAGCAAUCCAGUUCAGUGGGCCAGCAGCAGGCCGCCGGACCACAGCAGUUGCAGUGGGCCAACUUCCAGCAACAGCAGCAGAGGAAGACUCCCGACGGUGGUGUCCCAGCGCCCUUGCCGCAGCCGCAGCAAGCAGUCCAGUGGCGACCCGCUGCUGUGCCUGCAGGCAGUGACGAGCUCAAGGCUAAGGUGCCGCAGGGGCUACCCGGGCAGCCUCCAGUACGUCCCGAGGGCGGCUUGCAUCCUCAGCAGCAGGCAGCGCUCUGGCAACAGCAGCAGGCACAGCAGCUGCAGCUUCACAAGGCACAACUUCAACAGCAGCAGCAACAGCAGCAGCCUGUGCCUACGGGGGGAGGAGAACCAGCGCCUUCGAGCAGUGCUGGAAGCCAGAGUGUGCCCACUCCUCAGCAGUUACAGCAGCAGUUGCAGUGGCAGCAGAUGCGUCAGGCUGAACUUCAGCGCAGGCAACAGCUCCUCCAGGAGCGGCAGUUGCUUCAGCAGCAACAGCAGCAGCAGGCUCAGCAGCAAGGGCCUCAGCAACAGCAGCAACCGCAACAACAACCUUACAUGGUUCAGCGGCCGCCACCACCGCAGUAUCCUGGCGUUGGCAUGCCAGGACCUCGAGAUCAACUUGCAGCAGUGGGCGUUGCAAGGCCACCGCAGGCGGCACCUGGAAUGGUGCAGUUCCAGCAGCAACAGCAACAGCCGCUAGUCCAGCAACAGGUGCCUUUUGUGGGUGGUCCACAGCCCCCAGUGGGGUCUGCCGCAAACACAGCAGCAGCGGCUGCAGUAGCCGCGGCCACACUACAACAGCAGCAGCAACAGCAGGCUGCUGCAGCAGCAGCAGCAGCCGCAGCAGCAGCAGCAGGUCCCAACCCAGCACAAGUCACACCCAAGACCAAGACUGCACUGGCCAACCUGCUUAACACACGUCUCCAAGGUGUCGCCAGAGGGCCCGGAGACUUGGCUGCUGACGCCCUGGGUCACGGCGUCGUGCGGCUUCCCACCCCAGGCAACGAGGAACAGCAGCAGGCCCAGCACAUUAGGGAGGGUCCCAUGAUGAACCCGGCCUACCGGUCAGUUCGUGCGCCCGUCCCUCCACCAGCUCAGCACUUGGCCAAUGAUGCAAGAAACUUUGGCACUGAAGUCCCUGUGAAUGCCAAUGCCCCGGUUGAAGUUCACUUUUAUGGACAUGAUCCAAGAACACAAGUGCCUACGGAGAUGUGCUUAGUGGGUUGUGUAUUCUGCAUCGUGGACUACGAUCGCCUCUAUGAAUCCUCCGAGAUAUUGAAGUGGAAAAAGGUCAUAAUGCAGCGAGGGGGGGAAGUGGAGGAGAUGUACACUCCCCGUUGCACUCAUGUCAUCUGCGAGACACAACGCAGCGCUGUUGUCCAGCAGGCAUUGCGUGAAAGCAAACGGUGCGUCACAGUAUUUUGGCUCAAUGACGUGCUGCUGCGAAAGAAGUUGCAAGCUCCCUGGCAUGCCCUGCACUUUCCAUCACCGUACCUGGAGAACAAGCCUUGCAAGAACCAGAUUAUCUGCACCACUGGCUUUGACUCCGAAGAACGAGCGCUGCUAAAACAGAUGGUCCUGACAACCGGUGCCAAAUAUACCACCUACCUGACGCGUCUGAACUCUCUGCUCAUCACCAAAAAGAAGGAGGGCCUGAAGUACCAGAAGGCCCAGGAGUGGGGCAUCAGCAUUGUGAACACGCAGUGGCUGCAGGAUGUGAUGCUGGGCCACUACGAGGCCCUGCGACUGCCCACGGCCCCCAAGUACCAGCAGUUCGAGGACGUCCGACUAGACUACGGGCUCGUGCCGCACCUCAUGGCGGCGUGGAGGAUACCCAUUAAGCUCACAGAAGAGGUCUGGAAGCGGUUCACAGCUUCAGAAGCCUUCAAGGAAGCCCAGAAGCGGAAGCAAGAGAGCCCAGUGAAGUCCGAAGCAACGACUCCAAAACAGCAAAGGCCAACACCUGAAGAAGAGGAGAACAUACCGGUGUCAGUGACCACAACUCUUCCGGAGGACAAAGUCCCGCAAGUUCUCCUCACAGGCUUGAAGGACGUGGAAGAACUGAAAAAGGGUGUUCUUCAGCUUGGCGGUGCACUGGCCAAGUCACCCAAGGAUUGCACACACUUGGUGACAAACAAGAUCCAGCGAACGGUGAAGCUGCUCUCAGCCUUUGGGUCAGCUAAGUUUGUUGUCACGCCACGCUGGAUCCAGGACAGCAUUGCUAACAAUGCAUUUGUAGAAGAGCGACCGUACCAGGUUGAUGACCCAGAUGCAGAAAAGACGUUUGGUUUUAGCCUUGAUCAAGUUCUACAGAGAACAGACCGGACACCACUGUUCAAGGGCAUGAUCUUCUUCAUCACGCCUGGCGUCUACCCAUCACCCCCAAUCUUGAAGGAUGUUGUCGAGUGUUCAGGCGGAAUGGUGUACCUGAAGAAGAGGCCUUCUCUCAAGCAAGUCACAUCGGUCACACAGGGGGGAACCAAGUUCAUAGUCAUAUCCUGUGACAACGACCUGCAUCUCUGCCGGGAUUACAUGUCAAAGAACAUUAACAUCUACUCAGCCGAAUUCAUCCUCACAGGAGUAUUGCGUCAAUGCAUUGACUCUGAUGCCUUUCUUCUUUCAUGACAGUCGGAGGACAUAUGUUUGAGCAAUUUAGGCACAGAAUGCACAGAUGUGCCACACAAGCCAUCGACCAAACCUUUGCAAGAACUGCCCGAUUCAUGCAAUGUUCAAAUUUAAUAUGUGCGAAGAAGUACCGCUCUAUGCAAUGUUUUUAGAGUCACACGUUUGCAGUGUUAUGUGUAUGUGAUUGUUUCUCAUAAGGUUACUUUUCAUUUGUAAAUUGUGUUCAUAGAAGCAGCAUAUGCAAAUGAUCUGUUUUUGUGCCGGUUACACGUCAUUCUGUAAGUUAGGUGUUGUGCAGUGGUACGUAUGCCAGCUGUCUAGUCAGUAUCAUGAAGUUGUCUCUCAUUUUGUUUCGUUUUUUUUUUUUCUUUGUAUGUGUGUCUGUUGUUGCCACCUGUUGUUCAGCGUGAACAUUUUGCGUAUUAAAUGCAGUUUUUGGUUUUCACAAAA